UUGGCUGUGGCUGCGGACAGAUGAAACUGAAAGGACAUCGAGACACCUGAGACGCUUCUCCUCCACUCCUGGAAAGACUCGGUCCUCGCGUCAGUCAACGUAAAGCUCUGGACGGUUGUCGGCUCCCAGCUGAGCAGGACGCUCCACCUUCUCCGCCCACGUAGCUCUGACUCCUCUGCUCAGGGAGUGCUGAGUCCCUCAGUCCACGUUCGUCAUUGUGGGAUAUAGUCUGAAAACCUCUCCAUGGCCUUUGCUGCCUGCUGACAAACCAGGAAGUCUGGAGCAGUCGUGUUGAAUGAGCUCUGACAUCAAGGACUUUCCAGCCUUGUGUUCUGCAUUGCCAGGAGCCCAGUUCUACUGAUACACCCGUCAAUCUGGCAACUGCACAGAUGAAUGUCAAGCAAAGCUUCCGCUCUGUGUGGGAAGACUUUCUUUUGGAGGGAAAUGAUUCCACAUGAAGUACAACGUACUCGGCCCCCCAUCAUCCUCUGCAGCAGCAGCAGCAGGCGUAACGUUGUGACGCUCUCUCAUACCAGACUGGGCUCAGCCCUCGGCCACUGAAGAUUCCUGGACAGAUCUGGCCACCCCACUCCUCCCAUUAACCAAUCUCCCAUUAUCUCCAUUUCCGAUCCUCAUUUCACUGAAACACAAUGUUUGUCAGCUGUUUGGAGUAAAAUGGAGGAAGGUUUUUAAAGGUUUAUUUGCAAUUGACCUGAAAAAGGAAUUAAGCAUUAAAAGCAAAAAGAAAGGAUUGAAGGAAAGUGACGAGGACAGUCGGAGUGAAAGUUCAAAACAAGAAAGGGAAUCGUAUUGGAUCAAUUUUAAAUAAAGAAUACAGCAAGUACAGUUGCGAGUUCAAAGACGUGAAGUGAAAUCAGCAUGAAGUCCAAUCAGGAACGCAGCAAUGAAUGUCUGCCCCCCAAAAAGAGGGGCACAUCAAGUACAUUACCGCCUGAAAGUCGCUCUCCGGCUAUACAACCUGUUCAUGACAGACCAGAGAACACGGCCUGCUAUGUUAGUGCAGCUGGUGGAAAUGAAAGCAAUAUUAGUGCACAUCAUAGCUCCAACAAAACUGAUGGGCCCCAGUAUAAAUCCCCCUCCACCUUAUCAGACUCUUCCACCUCCUCUUCCUCUUUGAGGCUAGUAUCAUCUCUCCCCACAGUGUACACAUCCCCCCUAUCUCAAUCUACGAUUGGAGGAACAGUCCAUUAUACACAACUGCCUCCCAAUAUGCAGUUCAUCGCUUCAUCGUACACUACUCCAUAUACAAGCUACAUUUCUCCUCAGAUACUCCCACCUCCUCCGCCUCCCCCUCUCUCCUCCUCUUCAGCCACACAGAGACCAUCGUACACAGAGACGUCACCUGCUCAGACGCUGGUCACCAAACAGGAACAGCAUCGAGCGUCCUCGGGACGCACCUCCAUGCCUCCUCCUUCUACGGACCCUUUCCCCCAUCAUAUUCAAAUGUCAACGUCACCAAGGACUGUGUCAUCACCUCACCACCAAGGAGGCACUCACCUACCGUCCCAGUCCAUGCAUCACCACCAAUCAUUGGGGAAAUAUACAGAUGGCUACAGCAGAAAGGAGGAAGGAACCAGACACAGAGAGCUCCAUAACGGGGAGCUGGAGAGGGGUAGGAGAUUUGGACCCCCACCAGAGCCUGGCCUCUUAAAGUCGGGAGGUAAAUCAAGGGAGGACAGGUCCUCCUUGUCUUCCUUUGAGGCUCGUCAUCUGGUUUUGCCGUCAGACUACUCUACUCAUGAUCACCUAGGGUUAAGAACCUCUGUCAUGUUAAUACCCAAUAGCCAUGGGGACCACCAGUUGGUACCACCCAGAGCCAGCCCUGAGAAACUGACAGCUUCCACGCCCACACACCUGGAGAAAGGCAGCAUGGGUAAGCCUGUCAGUCGCCCACCCUCAUCAUCCAACACCACCUGCUCUUUCACAUUUCCACCUCCACUAAGUGCAGACAGUCUGAAAGCUGCUGUCGGCACACUGCCGCCCCAGACUGUUAUCCAGACCACCCACAAUGCUUCAGAGCCACUGUCAAUGGGACUCCCUUCGACAAGCAUCUACCCACAGCAACCUCUUAUUGGUUACAUUACAGGGGGCAGUGGGAGCAGCUACCACACCGGCCUACAGCAACACUUGCUCAUUCCAGGCACCCAACCAGUCAUCAUCCCAGUUAGCGGAGGUGGGGUCCCCACACUAGAGCCUGUAACCUCACACAUCACAUCAUCAACUCAAGCUGCACCUUUUCCUGCUACACUCCCACACACAUACAUCGCUGCCACUGCCCCGAAAGGAGAAACUGUGGAGACCCAAAGUGGCUCAUACCACGUGGCUGCUCCAGGCGCAGUGGUUCAAGCCCAGCUUCAUCUCCCCAUUGUUCCCGCUCCACCAGGGCUAGUUGCAGCUUCCACUCCUCCAGCUCAUUCAAGUACAGUGGUGUCCCCCUCACUCCCGCCGUAUUUUAUCAAGGGUUCUAUCAUCCAGCUGGCAGACGGCGAACUGAAACGCGUGGAGGACCUGAAGACAGAGGACUUCAUCCAGAGUGCAGAGAUUAGCAGUGAGCUGAAGAUCGAUUCGUCCACGGUGGAGCGCAUAGAAGGGAGCCACACCUCACCUAACUUUGCCGUUGUUCAGUUCUCUGUUGGUGAGCAUCGCACACAGGUGAGUGUGGAGGUGUUGCUUGAGUACCCCUUCUUUGUGUUUGGCCAAGGAUGGUCUUCAUGUUGUCCGGACCGAACCACUCAGCUUCUGGAGCUGCCUUGUACAAAGCUUUCCGUGGGUGAUGUUUGUAUUUCACUCACUCUCAAAAACCUGAAGAACGGCUCUCUGAAGAAGACGCAAUCUCUGGAACCAGAAAGCAACGCUUCAGUCCCUCACUCUAGCCACGGGCACCUUAAACCCCCUAGAGCCAUCUCGGAAGCAUCCCAGAGCUGCAGUGUGGGAAAUUCCAGACACAGAGAGCGCGAGAACGGGAUCAGCCAGCGGGAGAGCGGCGAAAGCGGGAGUGGGAGUGGAGGAGACCCCAGAGUGGAAAAUGGAGAUCUCACGUUUGGGGAAAGAGGAUCUGUUUCCAAAGGUCAGGUUGCCAGGAGCACAGACCCCAGCUCCAGUAGGCCGUCGGGCAGCAGAAAGCGGAGGUGGUCUGCCCCCGAGGGCCGGAAAGUAGAAAAAUCAGAAGAGGAGCCCCCUUUGACCUUGCCCAAACCUUCCUUCAUUCCUCACGACGUGAAAGUCAGCAUUGAGGGAAGGUCAAGUAUUGGCAAGUAAAAAGGAAAGCAGGACUGUUAAAAACAUUUGGGAUUACAAAAGAAACAAAACAGGAUUCUUCAGUAAAAGGAAUGCCCACAUUAAUAUUUCAUUUGUUUAUUUUAUUGUUUGUUUUCUAUCUUGAAUACUGUACUGUAGAGGUAACUGUACUCUACGGCGUAUCACCUUACAUAUUAUCACAUGAGCAAUCGGUGCCGUUGUUGGUGAUGUUUUCAUGAGAUGAUGUAUGCUGAGGGGUUGGGGAGGAGUACUGAACUUUGUUUUUGGUGGCUCUGUGACACACUGACACCACGCUCGAUGGCUCUGCCCAGCCACAGACACUUUACACAAUAUGUAAAUUUCACGCUGAUGCAGGCUCUCUCGGUUUUUUCUUGACAGCAAUUUCAUUCCCUGGGCGCUUGUACGGAGAUUGCCUGGACAAAAAAAAACAAAAAAAAAAACACGUCAACCACCGACACUUGCCAAGUUAGCAGUAAAACAUCAGCUGAUUUUAAAGAUUAGGGAUUUGUAGCUAAAUCCUGAAUGUAAUUGUCAAAAGUAAUUGCUAUUUGGUACAAUUUACGUCCAUCUAUUUUUUUUUCUACAAAUGCGUCAGAACAAAUCACGCAGGGGUCACCGAGUAGAGCCAGUGCGUCACAUAGUAGAGAGGGAACAACACUUACUCUGCUUACUUUAUUGACAGCAGAGUCUUUACUUUUAUCUGUAGCAUUUUCAUCUUAAUGUUUUAAUUUUGUUAACCUCUCAUCUUUUAUCUCACAAGAUAGUUGCUUUAAAUGAUUGUCAGAAAAAAACAAAAAACUAAAUCAGGGGUCAUUUAUUCCUUGAUUGAACCCUAGUUGGGUCGUUGUUGGUGUGUAAAUGUGAUACCCUAACCUGAUACAUACAAGUGCAAAACACACUGUGUUGGUGAGCAUUGCUUUAAGAAAAGAUGAUUGUGUACAAUCCUAAUUGUAUUUGAUGAAUCGCUUUGUAUUUUUUGUCUGUUUAAAAGAGCUGCGUGAGAGGAACAAAGAGAAAUUUUUUGCAUGUGAGCUCUGAGAGGGUCAGGAUGUUUCGAAUCACUUUAAACACCUGUCACACUCACCCUACAGCAAAGCAGACUUUAGUUGUAUCUUUAUUCACACAGUACUGUAUGUUUUUAGAUUUUUUUUUUUUUUUUUUAUUACUUGGAGAAAAGUAGAAAGUAGCAGCAGCACUUUGGAGAGGAGAAGCGUUUGGAAGAGCAACAGGGAGCUGAUGUGCCAUGGAAUCAUAAAGCAGUGGAUGAAUGUGACAGGUAUAGAAGAAAUUCUAGGUCAGACAUGGAUUAAACUGGUGGCGUAUUGACGACGUUAAGUACAAAUAUAGUAAUUUACGGUGCCUUGCAAAAGUUUUUUUUUUUAUUUUGUCACAUCACAACCACAAACUUCAAUGUACUUUUUUCUUUUGGAGGGGGGGGGGAGGGGGGUUAUGUAAUAGAUCCACACAAAGGAGUGCUUAAUUGUAAAGUUGGAGUAGAUCAAUCCCGGUUGUUUUUGCUACUAAAAAUCAGAACAAUUUGUGACGUAAUUUUUUUUACUUUUCAUAUUCAGCAUAUUUUUACCGGAACGUAAGUGCAAAAUGUCUGGUUUUCUUCCAGCAUGAUUAUGUAUUUUGUUCCAAACGGUGUCUAAUAAACUGAUCAGCUUCCCUCACCCUGCUGAAGAAAGGCAUCCUUGCAGCAUCAUAUUGCCACCACUAUGUUUCACAGUUUGAAUCAUAUGUUCAGUGUGAUGUGCACAGCGUUUUGCAAGGAGGCCAAAGAUGUUUUGGUGCCGUCUCACGAGAGCGCCUUCUUUCACCUGUUUGCUGUGUCUCCAUAGUUUGCUGCAAUUUUUUUAAAAUGACUUUGAAUACCUUUCUUUCUUUCUACAGUGACUUCCUUCUUGCCACUUUCAUACAGGCCAGAUUUGUGGAGUGAAACCUGUCAUUUUUACACAGGUUUAAUUAACAAAUGAAACUUGCACGGGGUUUUAUUUUUGGCAUCACAAAGAGGGUGUUGAAUACAAAUGCACACCACACUUCACUCUUUACAAUUACCCGCUACUUUGUCACGCGAAUGCAAGGCAACGUGUGGUUUUAAUGUGACAAAAUGUGUAAAAAUAGCCAUGUGGAUUCUUUUGCAAGGCACCAUGCACAAUAGUAGACAAGUAUUGGAAUGUGUUUUCAUAGUUUGGGCUGUGGGAUAAAGGUGAACAGAAAAACAAAACAACAGCUUAUUAACAUCCCAGUGAUGUUCUGUGCUAAACCAAGAGCUUAGAAACUCACACCACAUCAUUUUGAAGGUCACCAUGUAUUUUGUAACGUAUGUGUGCAUGUGUGUGCGUGUGUGUGUGUGUGUGCGUGUGUGUGUGUGUGUGUGUGUGUGUGUGUGUGUGUGUGUGUGUGUGUGUGUGUGUGUGUGUGUGUGUGUGUGUGUGUGUGUAUGAUGCUGGUCUGUGUCUCUCCAUACACCCACACGCAGACGAAAAAAAAAAAAAAAAAACAGUACAGACCAUCCCUGAAAUCAUUGACCUUUGAUAUGUACUGUAUUUGUCAAUACACUUUUAGAUUUCUGCAGGUGCAAGCAUAUUUGGUGCACGGUGUCCCUACUGCAAAGACACCGGUGGACUGACAUUGGACUGGUGCACACCGCUAGCAGUCGUGCUUCGUGGUGUGUUUGUGUAUGGAUGGGAAUUUAGGAGUACGUGUGUGUGUGCGUGUUUGCGUGUACAUGUGUAUUGUGCAUAGGAAAGAGGUAGUUAUUAGAUAUAUAUUUAGGAAAUGCUUAAUGUCCAGUGUUUCUACUUGGAGUCUUUACUUACGAGAAUCUUGCAAUUUGCACAUCAGGAGGAGGGAGUGAGGUGGAGACAUGAUUUUCAGCGCCCCUGUCCUGAAACAAACUCUAGACCACAUAAAACACACUGGAGGAAACCAGGGUUUUUUUUUGUUUUUUUUUCUGUUCCACAACAGGCACUUCGCGACAUUUAGAGCACAUGCUUCUACAUCAGCUCUUUAAAUGUCAGUUGCGAAAAAAAUGUAUUUAAACACAGAGCAAAAUUUAAAUGUGCCUGCCUACUGAGUUUAUUCAAAGAUGGAAUAUUUUCUAGUGUCUCUCGAGAUUUGCCCCACGAUUUGCCCCACGGUCGAGCCCCUAGUGACGGAGAUGGAGCGUCUCAAACAGCUGAAAGCCAUUAUCACUAAGACUUAGCGGUUACCUCAGCAAAUGUGCUUGCCUGGUGGUUGGUAUUGAUGAUUUUUUUUUUAAAUCAGUGGUGUUAAAGGUUC